CAAAAAGAGACCAACGGGGCUGAGGCCGUGUCAGCAUGAUGGACCCCAAAGAGACCACCCUCCUGUGUCUUGUGCUCUGUCUGGGCCAGAGGAUUCAGGCACAGGAAGAGUCUUACUCCAUCGCCCAGGCUGGAGUGCAGUGGCGCGAUCUCGGCUCACUGCUGCUCACUUCACCUCCCGGGUUCAAGCGAUUCUCCUGUCUCAGCCUCCUGAGUAGCUGGGAUUACAGGGGACUUUCCCAUGCCUUUCAUAUCUGCCAAAUCAAGUCCUGUGAUUCCCUUGGAUGGAUCUGUGAAAAUCCAGUGCCAGGCCAUUCGUGAAGCUUACCUGACCCAGCUGAUGAUCCUAAAAAACUCCACGUACCGAGAGAUAGACAGAAAACUGAAGUUUUGGAAUAAGACUGAUCCUGAGUUCAUCAUUAACCACAUGGACACAAACAAGGCAGGGCGCUAUCGGUGCCAAUAUAGGAUAGGGCAAUACAUGUUCCGGUACAGUGACACCCUGGAGCUGGUAGUGACAGGCUUGUAUGGCAAACCCUUCCUCUCUGCGGAUCGGGGUCUGGUGUUGAUGCCAGGAGAAAAUAUUUCCCUCACGUGCAGCUCAGCACACAUCCCAUUUGAUAGAUUUUCACUGGCCAAGGAGGGAGAACUUUCUCUGCCACAGCACCAAAGUGGGGAACACCCGGCCAACUUCUCUUUGGGUCCUGUGGACCUCAACGUCUCAGGGAUCUACAGGUGCUAUGGUUGGUACAACAGGAGCCCCUACCUGUGGUCCUUCCCCAGUAACGCCCUGGAGCUUGUGGUCACAGACUCCAUAAACCAAGAUUACACGAUGCAGAACUUGAUCCGCAUGGCCGUGGCAGGACUGGUCCUCGUGGCUCUCUUGGCCAUACUAGUUGAAAAUUGGCACAGCCAUAAGGCGCUGAACAAGGAAGCCUCGGCAGAUGUGGCUGAACCGAGCUGGAGCCAACAGAUGUGUCAGCCAGGAUUGACCUUUGCACGAACACCAAGUGUCUGCAAGUAAACACCUGGAGGUGAAGGCAGAGAGGAGUCAGGAGUGUGGAGUCCGACAAAGCUAUUUGAAGGACACAAGAGAGAAAAGCUCACUAAGAAGCUUGAAUCUACUUUUUUUUUUUUUUUGAGGCAGAGUCUCGCUCUGUCACCCAGGCUGGAGUGCAAUGGAACAAUCUCGGUUCAUUGAACCUCCCGGGUUCAAGUGAUUCUUGUGCCUCAGCCUCCCAAGUAGCUGGAACUACAGGCACAUACCACCGCACCGGGCUAAUGUUUGUAUUUUUAGUAGAGAUGGGAUUCCACCGUGUUGGCCAGGCUGGUCUCAAACUCCUGACCUCAAGUGAUCCACCCACCUUGGCCUCCCAAAGUGCUGGGACUACAGGCAUGAGCCACCACACCCAGCCAGAUGCAUUUUCUUUUUUUUUUUUUUUUUUUUUUUUUUUCCUGAGGCGGAGUCUCGCUCUGUCGCCCAGGCUACUGGAGUGCAGUGGCGCCAUCUGCCAUCUCGGCUCACUGCAAGCUCCACCUCCCAGGUUCACGCCAUUCUCCUGCCUCAGCCUCCCGAGUAGCUGGGACUACAGGUGCCCGCCACCGCGCCUGGCUAAUUUUUUGUAUUUUUAGUAGAGACGGGGUUUCACCAUGUUAGCCAGGAUGGUCUCGAUCUUCUGACCUCGUGAUCUGCCCACCUCGGCCUCCCAAAGUGCUGGGAUUACAGGCGUGAGCCACCGCACCCGGCCAGAUACAUUUUCAAACCAAUCAAAUGGUGUUUUCUUAUGCAGGACUGAUCGAUUUGCACCCACCUUUCUGAACAUCAGUUAUGGUUUUCCAUCUUAUCUGUCUUCUGAUUUUUUAUACCCUGUUUUAAUUUCUUCCUUCAUUGUUCUUCUCUUUUUUUAUUUUAUUUAUUUUUAUUUUUAUUUUUAUUUGAGACAGAGUCUCACUCUGUUGCCCAGGCUAGAGUGCAGUGGCAUGAUCUCGGCUCACUGCAACCUCUGCCUCCCGGGUUCAAGCAAUUCUCCUGCCUCAGCCUCCCAAGUAGCUGGGAUUACAGGCUCCCACCAUCACACCCAGCUAAUUUUUUUGUAUUUUUAGUAGAGACGGGGUUUCAUCAUGUUGGCCAAGCUGGUCUCAAACUCCUGACCUCGUGAUCCACCCGCCUUGGCCUCCCAAAGUGCUGGGAUUACAGACGUGAGCCACGGCGCCCGGUCUUCUUUUUAUAUUUUUAAAUGUGUCUUCCCCAAAUAUAAAUGGUUGGUAAGCAUGCCAAAUAUAUUCAGUAACCCCCCUCCUUUAUUUUUUUUUGUUGAAGUGAGGCUCUCCCUAUGUUGCCUAAGCUGGUCUUGAACUCCUGGUCUCAAGCAAUCCUCCUACCUCAGCCUCCUGUUGUGUUCAUCUACAAAUUGAUGAGUGAAAGUCAUAAUCCUACAGGGGGGUUACCCUAUUUAUUUCACAAACCCUGUUUCUAUGGGAUUUUCAUAUAAGGAAUACAGGCAUGUGUUUCAACUCAUUAAUUUAUUUUUUCACUUAGUUUUCAUAAUAUUCACAUAUAUUACCAAGUGUGCAAACAUUAAAAUCUUGUGUACAAAACUCAAAUGGUCUUCCAAAUAAUUCCCCAUUCUUUUUUCUUAUAAAUUUUCACAGCUUUACCCUUGACAGACUUUACUCACAGGAAAUCUAAGUUGGUCAUAUGUGGCUCUUUCACUGAUUACUGUUUACUUCAUUGUCCAGUAGUUUAUGUAUGAAAAUAUAAUUAUACAAUGUAAGGGUCCUACUUCCAGUGAAACUGGAGGGACUUAGGCCCACUUUUAUCCUUUACUGAGAGCUUAUCUCUACUUGAUAAAAUUUCUGCUGUAUUCUUGGCUUAACUCAUGUCCUGUGAUAAAAAAAAAAUGCAAAGUA